UUUCUCCCUUUAGCUGUCAUUCCAUCCACACAAUGGAACAUGAGUUUUAUGAAUGUCCAGAGUACCUGUCCAAUAACCCAGCAGAGGUAGAGAGGACUGAAGAGUAUGAGUAUGAGGAGGUGGAGCUGUGUAGGCAGAACAGCCAGGAGAAGCUUGGCUUGACGCUGUGCUACAGGACUGAUGACGAAGAGGACACUGGCAUCUAUGUCAGCCAGGUGGAGCCAAACAGUAUAGCAGCCAGAGAUGGACGCAUCAAGGAAGGAGAUCGUAUCCUACAGAUUAAUGGCUGUGAAGUGCAAGACAGAGAGAAAGCCGUUGCCUUGCUGUCAAGUGAAGAAACAAGGACCAUCAUACUACUAGUGACAAGACCAGAAAUCCAGCUGGAGGAGGAGGUAUGGCUUGAUGAGGAGCAACAGGAACUUGUGGAAGAGCUGAAGAUGGAGAUCCUAGAGGAGAGGAGGAAGCAGAAAGAACAUAACUUUGAUAGGGAAGAUGAGCAUCAAGCUGAACAAGAGAUGACAACAGACACAGCUACCUGUUCCUCCAACAAUCAAGACAAGGACAGUGGCUUUGGACACAGUACAGACAGUCCAGAGCACCAACCCCUGCUGGCUAGACUCCACAGGAGGACCCCAGCCCACUGCCUGAGGGAUCGAUGGCGAGCAGAGCAUCAGCACACAAGAAGAGAGACUGUAGUCCCGCAGGACACCCGGGGACCAAGGACAUUGUCCAAAGGACAAGGCCAUGAAGGGGUAGUCAGUACUCACAAUGGUGGAGGUGGGAUCCUAAGUUUAGAGAAUCGCUUCCAGCAACUCUUGGAGCUCAAAUGUCAAAUCCGAAAUGGAGGUGAGUGUGGGGUGUACUCCAUUCGACACAGUAUAGAGUGUAGUCUCACUGAGCAAGGAGGAGGGGACAGAGAUGAUGUAGAUAGUGUUGGAGGAGGGAAUGGAGUAGAGCACGAAUUGAGAAUGUUAAAUGAGGAACUGCGCAGCAUUGAGCUUGAGUGUCAGAGUAUCAUGCAGGCGCAUCAGCUCCGCCAGACCCACCAGUUGGACCCCUCACAAGCCACGUCCUCACCAGGACGGAGCCCCAAAGAUGGAAAGAGACAUGGCAGGUUGGCUGACAUCCACGAAUACCCAGAGAGGUCAGACAAUGAUAAGAUCCGUGAGAAAGACAGCUCCAGUGCCUACAACACAGCAGAGAGUGCACGAUCGACACCGCUAGGAGUGGAGAGGUCUCCUGAUCAUUCUCUGCAAAGACACAUUAGCAUCACCAACCAGAAAAAUGUCAGACUGGCUUCCUCAACACCCUCCAGCCCCAUCCCUAUCCCCAAGCCCCAGGGUACACCCAGCCGUAGUAGACCUGCAGACCCAGGUCCUGUUAUCUCGAGCAGCCCAGACCAGAGCAACCCUUCCCGUUCUGAGUCAGACCCUGCCCUACCUGCAGAUGAUGAGAGGUGUGAAAAGAAAGGGAGGACCAAAGAUUCCAGAAGGGGGCUUUCCUAUGGUUCUUCGUAUCAGACAACCCCUUAUCAAGGUCAGGGGGGAUCCAGGCAACUUCAGAGCUACAUGCAGCUGCUACAACAGCACUCAUCCCUAGAGUAUUCUCAGAGCCAGCUGAGUCUGCUCAGUGUCUGUCGAGAUCCUAUGCACCGGAGUGGACGCCCUGGGGAACCUCGCCUUGAGUGGAAGGUCAAAGUUCGCGCUGAUGGCACGCGCUAUGUGGCCCGGAGGCCUGCUCGUGACCGCAUCCUAAGGGAGCGGGCGCUAAGGAUCAGAGAGGAGAGGAGCGGGGGAAUGACCACAGAUGAUGAUGCUAUGAGUGAGAUGAAGAUGGGGCGCUACUGGAGCAAAGAGGAGAGGAAGCAGCACUUGGCACGGGCCAGGGAGCAAAGGAAGAGGAGGGAGUUCAUGCAGAAGAGUCGCCUCGAGUGUCUGAAGGAGGGGCCAACCAGUGGAGCUGAGGGCAGGAAGGAGAUCAAUAUCUUAGAGCUCAGUCACAAAAAGAUGAUGAAGAAACGAAACAAAAAGAUCCUGGAUAACUGGAUGACCAUCCAGGAACUGAUGAGCCAUGGGGCAAGAGUCCCAGAGGGCUCCAAACUACAUAACGCCUUCCUAUCUGUCACGACUGUGUAGCAGACACAUACAGUACUAGAUAAACUUAAGUACCGAACACUUUUGAUAUCAGGUAGCCUGCAUUUCAGGAACUACUGCUCUAUGUAAAAAUGAAUAAAUAAAAAAAAAAAAAAAAAGAAAACUGUUUGUUAAAGUAAAAUGUCACUGCUGAGGACCUCCGUAGCAUCUCUAAGACAACUUUGUAUCUAUCACUUUAAGAAUAGCUGAAUACUCAGCAACUUUCCACUGUUUUUACACUGACAUUUUGGUAAUGCACUGGCUUCUCAUAGCAAAUGAUUUUGGUAGCAUAUUGGUUCGAAUGGAUUCUUCAGAAAGUGAAGAACCAACACAUUAACUUCAUAUAUGUUAUCUAUUGUGUCUCGAUGUCCAAUCUUCUGUUUCACUGUAUAAAAAGUGACUUCACUUGCCUCGUUCAAGGUGGCAUUUUUUUGUAAAGGGAAAAAAUAAUAUUUUUCAGACUUUGUAAACGGAGAAACUUUUUGUAAUGAUUUUUUCUACACUGAAUGUCAACAGUACUGUAAACAUUUUGCUGUAAUUUCUUGUUUCUGUUCAUAUCACCAAACUCUAAAAGUCAGAACUGACACUAUUUGAUUGUACUGUAGCCUACUUUGUAUGCCAGACCAACACAAAGAAGAACUUUGUGAAAUAUCUGUGUAUAUGUGUAUCUCAAACACUUCUUUCAUUGUGUUGAUCAUGUCACUUAAGUUAUAGUUGUCUAAAAAAUUUAGAGCAUUCAAUUUAUGCACUGGAUCAUCAUGGUAUCUCAAAAGCUCAUAUUAUUCAUGAGCUGGAAGGGCUUUGUUUGAAACAGUUUUACCUCAAGUUAUAGUCAAAACUGAUCUAUUAAGUGGUUAAAUACCUGGUUAAUUCAAACAUUGACUCAAGCCCUUGAGUCAACCCUUCCUAUAAAUGAUAAAUGUGUUAAUUAUGUUGAAAAUGUUUCAUAGAUUCAUAUUUAUAUUGUUUACUGUUAUUUCUAUUUAUUGUAAUUUAAUUUUUACAGUCCAUCUGAUAAAUGUUUUACAUUAAAUGGCUACCUUUUGAAAGGCCAACAUUUCAAGGCACUGUUGAGAAAAUGUAUAAUAUUGCAGCCUUUCAACUCAAACCUGCUGCUUAUAACUGUAAAGGUCACUGAAGAGGCCUUGGGUUCAGUAUUUGUUGAUGGUUAAAUUUGUAAGAAAACAAUAAUAAUAAUAAAAAAAGGAAAAUAAAGAUUUCACUUUUAGUCAGUUAUUACCUUUAUUGAAUUUUACUAAAAUAUAUCAACAACUAUUUUACUAUUUUAUUUCAAAUUUUCCAGGCUUUAGUGUAUGAACAAAUACAUGGAGAACUAAUGAUAUUCCCAUCAGCCAUAACCUCAUGUUAAGUACAAAUGUAAGGAGUCUAGCUUGCUAAAUUCGAGUGAUGAACUUGGUAAACAUUACAGUUCCCAAACAUCUGCACGUUAGCCUCGUCA